CUCCUUCGAGCGCAACCCCGUACAACACGCGGUGGCUUUCGACCGCGAAACCGCUCGGAAAUCCUCGCCUCGUCGUUGCUCCGUUUCCCGCGCGACUUUACGCCACGGUACCGAACGCAGUUCAAACCAGAACGCGAGCCAAACUCCAUCCGUACAAAAGUGUUUCGACCGAUUUAAUCGACCUUACAAAGUUUUAGUGCAACGACGCGCUGCAUAUGUUGCGAAGGACGAGGACAAAAGAAGCUAGUUGAUAUACGCGAACGGAGGUUCCAAGACUCUUGAACGGUCCAAGAAAACAGAAUCAGCCCUCGAAGAUUAUGGACGACUCGAGAAGAUCCUCGAAAGCAUAUCUCACGACUUCCUGUUUACGCUCGACGGGGAUGGAAUAGGAACCUCGAACAGAAAAGAAGUUUGGUUCGGAAUAAGAAUGAUAACCUGUCCUUUGAGAAGCUGGAAUCGGAACGUUCGAAGAAACUGACAGGAACAUCGUUCAAUGUUGAUCCAACGCGUACCUCCGAAGUGUACUUAGACGUGCUCCCUCGAGAACGAAGGGAGGAAAUAAAAAAAAUAAAACCAUCCGCGAUUCAAAGUGUUAUUUCCGAGGAAACGCUUUGACUCAAUCGCGAACUUUGUCCGGCUGAUUAAUAGCCAUUUCGGGCCGGCGAGUGUGCAUCGAGGAGAAGAAAAAGGCAACCGAGAAUCCAACCGAGAAACAUCGUUGAAACAAAGAAGCGGAUUCGACGAUGUUGAAAGAAAAAAUGGAUGCAAGUUGGACCUGCUGCUGGUAAAAAAAAUAAAAAUAGAAGAGGCCCGGAAUACCAGCGGUUUCUCGUGCAAGGGGUCAGCAUGGCAGUCGACAACCCCUCUUACUUCUCGUUGUCGAGCGGUGCAGCGUCGUCGUCGACCGCGACGACGCCGACGUCGACAACGAGCGUGGCCUUCUCGCCGCCCUCUAAAGGGCCCACAGGCCUCACGGCCCUGUUCCGACGCAGGCCCUGUAAAAUGGGCACCACCUCGUCCGCGAGCGUCCUCUCCGCCUCCACGACCAGCACCCUGAUGCACCAGGAGAGCAAUCGAAGCAGCGCAUCCGGCGCCUCGACGCCCUCGACGCCUACGGAGGAACGCGCCCCGAUGUUGGCGAGGAACGCCAUCAACGGUGGAUCCAACCAAAGACGAAGCUUCAGGAACCUCUUCAGGUCCGUCAGCGCGAACGCCGAGAACGAGAGAACGCAACAGUUCCUCAAGGGAGAUCCACGACCCUCCGACGUCGCGCCCCCCUCGCCCUAUCUGCCCCACAGGUCUCACUCUCACUCGGAGAAUGACAGGAGACGGCCAGGACGAAGCAGAGCGGUUCUGAAAUCUGCCAGCGAGCUCCUCUCCAACGAUAUGGUGUAUUGCGGGCUGUCCAGGGACAGCCACCGUCACGACGAUGACGACGAUGAUGACGAUGACCCGGAUUCGAGCGAGGUUUUCAUCGGUGUCGAUGACGCUAGGUACUACAACCUCUCGGCCACUCUGCCAGCGGCUGGUUCAGCGGCAGCAGGUCGAAGAAGACACUCGAUCGGCACGUUUCUGGGCAAAGAUCGAGGCUCCGCUAAAGACAAUCUUGCCAGGAGACAACCCCAAAGUUCAGCCACCCUGGUAGAGCCCGACACCAUAGCACCACCCGCGCCUGUAGACACCGUGGAUGGUGUCCACGUCGAAGAUAGGAAAGAAAGAUCCUGUAGCAGGUCCAGGCGUAGACGGCAUCGGAGUUCCUCCAGCAGGGGGUCCCGUUCGGCAACGGGGCUGUCCAAGGUCGAGUCGCACCCCGAAGACGAUGUGCUCUUCGUGUCCAGCAAGGACAGCGAAAUUUCGAGUUUGUGGGUCAACUAUCUCACUGCGUGUUUCGAACAGAUUAGCAGGCAGCAGGGCCGGCCGCCAUUCAAAGUUCGUCAUAUCACGAUCGAAGAAACGAUCCCGUCGGGCACGGAGGACCGGAUCAGAUCGGCCCGUUUGCAGGUCGUGGUCGUUUGUCCCGUUCUCUUGGAGCGCGUUCAGAGUCGCCCGGAACACGCGAUGAAUCUCUCCAGGCACCUGGUAGCCGAGAAGGUAUUGGCUAUGAUGCUGGGCGUCCACGACAGCCACAUCAACGAUGCCCACAAGUCGAUUCUGAUGUCGUACAAUCAGUGGAGGAAGUUCUUCGUGAAAGACCAGGACGAGACGUUCGUCGGCGAGUUGUUGGGCGCAGCGGUCGGCAUCCUCGGGACAACGCCACCCCCCGCUUUAAGGAGCGACAAGACCUCGUUUUCGGUGCACCCGAAGAAAGUUAAGCUGGGCCACAACAGAAUAAUCGCCUUGCUGAACGAUCCCUUGCAUCCCGAGGACAAUGUCUCGGUGAUCGUGGAUCGCUGCGGAGAGGCGAUCGACAUCGCCCACGUGAAAAGAAGAAAUCCCUACGCCCUGCAGUUCUCUAUUCCCGAGAGGUGCCUGGAAGUGUCGAUGCUGGUCGGCGUCAGAAUAUCCAGGAACGGUUGUCCCCUCGGUGUCAGGCAGGUCAAAUGCGAAAGCAGACUCCGGGAAUUGGAUCAGAUUCUCAGGGCUCACGACAAUCCUCUCGAGUACAUGUGCCAGACCUUUGGAUUCAAUCCUGGCGAUCGCGAACAGUUGGACAACUGGAUGGUACACGCGUUUCAACGAAACGUCCCGCCGCACUUCAAUCUCCUCUCCACGCCCAGCGGGGUUGUAUCGGCGCAAAAAGUUCACUCGAGAAGGCUCGUCGGUCCCGAGGAGAAUCCGACGUUGCUGCACUUCGCUGCUCGUUUCGGCCUGGAGAGAUUAGCGUGGCAGUUGCUCGAGUGCCCAGGCGGCGACAUAGCGUGUGACCUGAGGAACGUGGCGGAACUGACCCCGGCAGAUCUCGCGGAACAAGCAGGGCACGCGAGACUGGCGCAUCAGCUUCGUGGCUACAUGCAAAUGAACGAGUUCACAAACAUGUACAGCUACCUGAAAGUUAUAAGCGAGACAACGGCAGAUCAUGCGACAAACGCGGACUCAUCAUCGACAAACACGACGAGCGACACCAAUAACGAUAAGGAAGAUUAUUGUCGUCCACGACCUUUGAGCGAAGCUUAUUCGGUGCCACCAGCCGCAAGACCAAUAACGUCUUUAAUCUUGCCAGGCCAAUUACCAGUAACCCCUAGUCCGACCACCAGUAACCCCAUUGAAGCAAAUUACUCCAUCGUACCAGCACCGACUCCUGUCGUUGUCACUCCAUCAACUCCUACGACUACGACAACCGCCCCGAACGGCCUUGAGCUGCCUCUUCAAGGUUACAUGAAAAUGCAUCCAGCCGGGCCAAAAACACCCACGUCAAACGUAACGAGUCAGCAGCCAUCCAGAACGGCGACACCCACGCAGAAUCGUCAUGAGCACCCGAUUUCUGCUCGAGAGGAGAACAGUCAAUCGUCGUGCGCGUAUGGCAGAGCAACGUCCAAUUCCAGCACGAAGUCGAGGGAGCCUUCGGGCCCCCAGGACGAGCUUCUAGAGAUCAUAAACGACUUCAAGAACAACGUGUUCACGAUUACCGAGGUCGAGAGGCUCGUGGAGAACUGGAGGAACCGCAACGAUGUCCAGCAGAGCUUCAAGGACAAGCAGAGACAGCUCACGGCGAUGAGGGAGGAAUACGAAAGGAUACAGAGAAGGAUCAAAGAUGAAAUGAAGGCGCCUACUCCUUUCGACAGGAUCCGAAAAUUCUUCUCGAAAGGGAAGAAAGAUACCAAGGACUCCGCGAACGGAAGCGACGAUUCAUCCACGGCUAGCAAACCAGAAAACGUUAACGGUGGAUUGGCGGAUCGUCGACCAGUCAGUAGCCUGAGUCUUCGAAGCGUUUCGAGUUCGUCUUCGUCCGGUAGAAUGAGUACUGCAAGUGGAUGCAGCGGGACCAGUCUAGGCGACAGUGGAACCCACUCCGACACCGAAGACAGAAGACUUCAAAACGCAAGGGAGGACAAGCCAGGCGUAAUGUCCUACGAAGUACCACCUGCUCCGAAACCAUUCACGGGUAGGUAUUCGCCGGCGCUCAGGUAUUCCCCAUCGCCUCGUUCCUCGACCGGAAAUGAUCUCGAUCUAAGACCGUCGCAGCCACCCUCGAGGGCCGAGGACACCGAGUAUUACAUCGCCUUUCCACCCUCGGGGUUGCCCGUUCACUCUUUCAAAACGGAAGGCUCGCUGAAAGAACCAAAGACACCGAGCUCACCGUGCGACCAUCCCAAGUACCUGGACAUGAUUCAGAACUCGGCCCCCGCGAUCGCUGACACCCCGGAACCGGACGUGCCCAGGCAUCCGGGGAACAGUUACGCCAACAUCGACCCGACCGCGUUCAAUUCAACGCCCGUGCCGCCUCCUGGAAUGUGCAUUCCCACGAAUUACGUGAACGUGACGCCCGCCUCCGUAACCACGUUCCGGGAACACGUUCACGGUCACCCGGCCGACUCUGCACCGGCUUCGGAAUCCUCGAAAAACUCGGCCAAAGUCGAGACGCCUGCUCGAUCGGAGGAAACGCAGGACCUCGCCGACGGUCAGGGUCAAAUCGUCAAUAACAUCGCGAGCAAGGGCAGCGAGGAGUACGUGGAAACGGACCUGGUGAACUGCCGCGACGUGGACGUGACUGACAGCAGCAAAAUGCCGGACUACAUGAACGUCGACGUCUCUCAGGAUUUCAAGAUCGCCGCCGCUAAGAAAACGCCUGCGCCUCCCGUGCCCCCGCGACCGUCCACGAAGAAGUAGACAAUAAUUCCUCCUCGUUUUGUCCACGACAUAAACGACGGGUCGAUCGCAAACGCGCCUUCGACGAUUGUUCUUUUUUCGUUGGCGAAAAUAUUCGAACGUAAAUUAAAAUGAUCGAACGACGUCAGUGUUCUUCGUAAACGUUAGUAUUAGUAGCGUAUUUAAAUGUAAAUUGUUCGUAUUAAAGCGACAGUUAAUAGAGGAAGGCCAUACAAUUAAUUCUGCGCACGGCUCAAUUUCUUUAUACUUGUGCCUCCCGUGUACAUUAGUUUUUGUUUCCUUUUAUCUGUUCGAGAAACUCAAGGAGAUGCGACUUAAUCUAUACGUUUUCUUCUUUUGUUAUGUUAAUAUGCAACCGCGCGUUAGGUAGGAUUCUACGAUAAUUUUACUCGUUAUUAUUCUAAAAUUGCCUCGAAUGCGUUAGUAAUAAUAUUCGUGGCACAUCAGUUAAACAAAUAAAUAUUUGCGACGAUUGAGGCGUAGAUGAAAAUUAGGAGACCCUACGUGCUUUAUCGUUUUCAUGGAUUAUUCUAGCUUAAAUAAAUCUAAAGAUGUUUCGAGUGGUUUGAUGGAGGCUUCUGCGAAUUCCUUUUGUCGCAAAAAUAUUUGCAUCCGUUUUACAAUUCAUGGAUUCGACGAUCCUUAAACAACUUCGAGUCUCUUGAACAUAAUCGUUUAACAUUUCCUCUUACUUUGAGUAUAUGCGUAUUUAUUCAAAGUACCGCGAACUACGAAGUUCGAAAGAAAAUAGAUUUAAAGUUUAAAAGUCUCUACGCUCGUUUCGAGAAACUGUAGAAGAAUAAUUAAGAGAUGCGAAUUUCAUUUGCAUCCGAACGUUCGAUCGAUAUCUAUUUUAGAAAAUGGCGUUAAAUGUAAGUAUGAAAUAUAGGAAAGCACAGGUUAAGAUGCAUUCGAGGCUCCUUAAUUACACCGUUAAGUUGUAUAUUAAUUAAUUAAUUCGGAUCUCGAUCCAACAGCGAAUACAAUGCUAGCGAGCGCCAAAUCAAAGUUUCAUCGUUUUGGCGGAAUGCCAAAAUGGAAUUUGUAAAUAUGCGUUUCUCUAUCCUACUCUUUAUCUUAAUCGCUAAUAACUAUUGUAAUCUAUUAUCAACAUCGUCGUGUCUUAAAAUUAAGCGGAACCAAUGCGACAAGUUUGACGCGCGUGGUAAUAAUUAUCGUUAGAAGAAUAGCGUUAAAUCAUCGCGCAAUUAAUUGCACGCGUUGCUGUCGUUAGAAUAAAUGAUACUCUGUACAGGCGUCGAAUUCUCGGCAACAGUUGUCGCACAGAAUGUGCUGCAAGUACCAAGAAUGCAUUUAUCGUUUUAUAAUCGUAAUUGUAACGCGUUAUGCUACACGUAAUUUUUUCUACCGGGUCUGCGGGAUC